UCAGAAGAUACCUCUGUCAUCUUCAUCUGCAGCUCCUAUAUAAGUAUGGUGCUCACGAGUUCACAUGAAAAUAUUCAAAGCACAAACCAGAACCAAACUUGAACCUGCCCUCCAUCCAUGAAAAUGGAGUUCUCGCCGAACCCCUGCACAAAAGUUGAGGGUCUGAAGAGAGCGCUGGUGCUUGUGAUUCUUGUGGUGAUGAUGCUCGCCAUUGGAGGUGAGAGCAGGAGAAGAGAACACCAGGACGUGAUCCGCUACAGCGCCAUAAGUUGCAGAGCAUACAGUGCCUCGGUGACAGAGUUUGGAGGAGUUGGAGAUGGGAUCACGCUGAACACCAUGGCUUUCCAGGCCGCCAUCAAUUACCUGAGCCAGUUCGAGGCCCAGGGUGGGUCUCAGCUCUUUGUCCCUCCAGGAAGAUGGUUGACUGGGAGCUUCAAUCUCACCAGCCAUUUCACCCUCUAUCUCCACAGAGAUGCUGUUCUUCUUGCUUCUCAGGAUGAGGGCGAUUGGCCUCUGAUAGAUCCAUUGCCAUCCUAUGGGCGAGGAAGGGACGCGGAAGGCGGAAGGUAUGGCAGUCUGGUAUUCGGAACCAAUCUCACCGACGUCAUAAUAACAGGCGACAAUGGCACGAUCGAUGGCCAGGGCGAGCUCUGGUGGAAGAAGUUUCGCGGCGGACAGCUCAAUUACACAAGGCCUUACCUCAUCGAGAUCAUGUACUCCGAUAAAGUUCAGAUCUCAAAUCUUACUCUGCUCGACUCUCCAUCAUGGAAUGUUCACCCUGUCUAUAGCAGCAAUGUGAUUGUUCAAGGCAUCACCAUCCUGGCCCCGACAGAUUCGCCGAACACAGAUGGGAUCAACCCGGACUCCUGCACAAACACCAAAAUAGAAGACUGUUACAUAGUGUCCGGCGAUGACUGCGUCGCCGUCAAGAGCGGUUGGGACGAGUACGGCAUCGCAUACGGGAUGCCGACGAAGCAGCUUGUGAUCAGACGGCUCACGUGCAUUUCCCCGACCAGCGCAGUGAUCGCACUGGGGAGUGAAAUGUCAGGAGGGAUCGAAGACGUCAGAGCGGAAGACAUCCUGGCGAUUAAUUCGGAGUCUGGAGUGAGAAUCAAGACCGCCAUCGGAAGAGGUGGGUAUGUGAAGGACAUAUACGUGAAAGGAAUGACCAUGAAAACCAUGAAGUGGGUAUUUUGGAUGACGGGAAACUACGGCUCACACGCCGACAACAACUACGAUCCUAAUGCGCUUCCACUGAUUCAGAACAUCAACUACCGCGACAUGGUCGCCGAGAAUGUCACGAUGGCAGCUCGGUUGGAGGGGAUCCCAGGGGACCCAUUCACCGGAAUUUGUAUAUCGAAUGUGACGAUCGGUUUGGUGGAGAAGCCGAAGAAACUCCAGUGGAAUUGCACCGAUGUGACCGGAAUUUCCAGCGACGUGGUACCUCAGCCGUGCGAUGCGUUGUCAGAUCAGGGGCCACAGAAGCUUCCGGCUUGUAAUUUUCCGGAGGAGAGCCUGUCCAUUGAUGAGGUUGAAGCUCAAAUGUGCUCUUACAAAAGGAAGCACUGGUGACAGUAGAGAUCAUCCAUUCCGUGUGGAAAUUAUGCCUUUUCAUUGAUCAAACUUCAAAUGGAAAGAGGAACUGAUUACUAAAAAUGUUCUGAGCUCACUAGAGGAUCAAAGCUUCUGCAUUUCGCAAUGCUAAAUCAAAUUACA